CGUGUGAGGGAAGGGAGCAGGGGCGGCGGCGGCAGCGGCAGGAGCACCAUGUCGGCGGCGGGCGGCGGUGCCUGCGGGCCGGGCGGCGCGGCCUGUGGCGGGGUCGCCGCUGGGUCGACUUCGGCGGCGGGUGGCGGGGUGUCCAUGUUCCGCUGGCUGGAGGUGCUGGAGAAGGAGUUCGAUAAGGCCUUCGUGGACGUGGACCUGCUGCUGGGUGAGAUCGACCCCGACCAAGCCGACAUCACCUACGAGGGGCGGCAGAAGAUGACCAGCCUCAGCUCCUGCUUCGCCCAGCUCUGCCACAAGGCGCAGACCGUGUCCCAGAUCAACCACAAGCUGGAGGCACAGUUAGUUGAUCUGAAGUCUGAACUGACAGAAACACAGGCAGAGAAAGCAGUAUUGGAAAAGGAAGUGCAUGAUCAGCUUUUGCAACUCCAUGCUGUUCAACUUCAGCUGCACGCCAAAACUGGUCAGAAUGUUGAUUCUGGGGCUAUUAAGGCAAAACUGGAGAGAGAGCUUGAAGCCAACAAGAAAGAAAAAGUAAAAGAAGCUCAGCUAGAAGCUGAGGUGAAGUUGCUGAGGAAGGAAAAUGAAGCACUUCGUAGACACAUAGCUGUGCUUCAGGCUGAGGUUUAUGGAGCAAGAUUGGCAGCCAAGUAUUUAGAUAAGGAACUAGCUGGAAGGGUCCAGCAGAUUCAGUUACUGGGCCGAGAUAUGAAAGGACCUGCUCAUGACAAGCUCUGGAAUCAGCUUGAAGCAGAAAUACACCUUCACCGGCACAAAACUGUUAUUAGAGCUUGUAGAGGUCGGAAUGAUCUAAAACGACCAAUGCAGGCACCACCAGGACAUGAUCCUGAUGCCUUAAAGAAGAGUCAAGGUGUUGGUCCAAUCAGAAAAGUUUUGCUAGUUAAAGAAGACCAUGAAGGACUAGGAAUUUCUAUCACAGGUGGCAAGGAGCAUGGUGUUCCAAUACUGAUCUCUGAAAUCCAUCCUGGACAACCUGCUGAUCGAUGUGGAGGGCUGCAUGUUGGUGAUGCUAUUCUGGCAGUAAAUGGAGUUAAUCUAAGAGAUGCCAAACAUAAAGAAGCUGUAACUAUUCUUUCCCAACAGAGAGGUGAGAUUGAAUUUGAAGUAGUGUAUGUUGCUCCAGAAGUUGAUUCAGAUGAUGAAAAUGUAGAAUAUGAAGAUGAGAGUGGACACCGUUAUCGUUUGUAUCUUGAUGAAUUAGAAGAAGGUGCACAUUCAAGUUCUAAUAGGAAAGAUGCAAAUGUGGAUGUCAAACCCUCACAAGUGUUUGAUAAGAAGCCAAGUAUUGAUGGACAUGAAAAUGGAGACCUGAGGAAUUCAGUUGAAGCUCCAUUAGAAGACACUGCACCCAAGUUGCCCUGUUCUGCUGAGUCUUUAUCCUAAAAACAAACAGACAAAAAAAAACAACUGGACAGAUCCUGUCUUCGGGAACAAUUGAUAAUCAGUAUUGACUGCUCCAAGAUGCUUAUACUAGUGUAGGUUGUAAAAGGAUGAUUAAAUGUCAAAAGGAACUGUAUUACUGUUGCCUGGAAAAAAGGCGGUUACCUCAGGGCUUCAUUGUGAGCAAUUCUAAAUGUGGAAAACUGUCUUUUGCGUGACACACAGUAGUUAUCUAACACAUGGCAUGUGAAAUGAAUUUUCUUUUAAUAAUAAGCACCAAAGCAUGGGAUUUCUAAAAAGGGUAACUUGAAUACGUUCAACUUUUGAUCUCACUGAUGUCCCCAGGGAAGCAGAAUAUGAUGUGGACAGCUUCGUUUUGACCCUUUCAUCCUUUAAAGGGACAGGUGAUGUUUAGUUUGGUGUGAAACAAGCUUUAACUCUAGAAGGACGGAGGAGGGGGAAGUGUACCAUUGCGUCUAUGAAUACUGUACUUAGGAUUUUUGAACUGUAACUUUUAAAAGUAAGGUUUUUUUUAAUUUCUCAGAACAGUAAAAACCAGAGCUUUUACUUGAGCAAAGACCAUCAAAACCCAAAUGGGACAGUGGAAUACUUGCUAAUCGUCAUCCUUCAGCCCAUGAUCAUUUUAUAUGUGAGAUUUUUGGCAUUGUUGUUUUAAUGAAUUCACUGCCAAUUGUUCCAUUUGAAACAUGCUCUGGAAGUAUUUAAAGAGGGUAUUGUGGGAUUUUAAAAGCAAAAUUAGUUUUGAAAUGCUCACAAUUAUGUGGGCCCUUUUGGUAUUUUUUCUUUUCCCCGAGCAUCAUCAAUUUAGCAUUCAUUAGUAUACCAUAGUAUGGUUACUGCUAAUGCAGAGUGGUUUGAGUUGGUCAUCAUUAGCCUGACCUUAUGAAAUGCUGAGUGCUUUUGAUGGGUACUGAACAUACUUAUUUCACAUUAAAAUAAUCUUUAAAGAACUGAAAGUUGAGUACACAGUACUUCACAGGAGGUGCUCAGAAUCUGUCGGUGUCUGGCCCUAUCUGUGUUAUGUUACAGCAGUCAUAUUAACCUAUAAUUGUCUUACUGUUGAAACAAAGCGUUACUUCUUUUGUAAGAGCAGUGUAUCUUAAAAUAGCUUUUAAUUGGUGUACAUCUAAAGGCCCUCAGCGUGGCUGCAAAU